AUGGGAGAAUACAGGCAGGAACUCAUGAAACUCAUGAAACGAGAAGAUUUGGAAAACAAAUUCUGUGUAGAUUGCGGAGCUCCAAACCCCCAGUGGGCCACCAUUCCCUAUUCCGUCUUUAUCUGUCUUCAAUGUGCUGGUUUGCAUCGCGGACUCGGUGUUCACAUCUCCUUCGUUCGCUCCAUAACGAUGGAUGAAUGGACAGAAGAACAAAUGAAAAAGAUGCGAAUUGGCGGCAAUCUGCCCUUCAAGACGUUUAUGAAAGACUAUACUCCGGUCGAGCAAGGAGGUUAUCGUGAAGGAAUGGGCAUUUCUGAAAAGUAUCAUACAUGGGCUGCCGCGCAGUACAAAGAAAAGCUUGCCGCAGAAGUCCAAGGACAAGACUGGUCUCCUUCGGCUCCUCCUGCCAAUUUCGGUCAACCCAUCUCGAGGCCGUCGUCUGCUCAAGGAAUGCGCAAGCCCCGCGCAUCCGCUCGAAGCAACCUAGGCUCCUCGCUCCGAAACGACUCUGCCUCUCCAUCCCCCGAUUUAGGCGGAACGCCGUCUUCGACAUCCUUGAAUGACGCCGCAUACGAGAGGAAGACGGCAAACGAAGCAUACUUUGCCGGACUCGGUGAAGCCAAUGCGCGGAGGAGAGAAGAUUUACCACCUUCUCAAGGUGGGAAAUAUCAAGGUUUUGGUAAUACCCCACCCGUCUCCUCUCAUCCUUCGUAUGGCACAAGCUCCGCCGCGAUGCCGACGCUCGAAGAGAUUCAGACGCAACCUGUGCAAGCUCUUUCCAAAGGAUGGUCGCUUCUCUCCAUGGCCGUAACAGCAGCUAGCAAAGUCGUUGCGGAAAAGGCAAUGGACCCGGCUCUGCAUGAGAGCGUCAAGUCUUAUGCCGCCUCUGCAGGAAAGCUCGCCAUGGACACGGGAAAGUCUGCCAACGAGUGGAGCAAGCGUGAGCUCGGUGUCGACGUUGCGGAUCGCGUGAGCGGUGUGGCAGACAAGGCCAAGGGCGCAUUGGGCAUGUCUUCCCAUCCAGGUGGUGGGUACAGCGCAGUAGGAGGGCAUGGAGGAGCACAAACUGGGUUUGGAACGUGGCAUGAUGAGGACGAUUCACGGCUGUACGCAGAGGGGGACGACGACUUUUUCGAUCGACAUGGUGCAGGAGACGAGGCUCAUAGUGAUAUCGUCACGCCCACUACACCCGCGACUGCGAAUAGCAAUGCAACCUCUGGUUCGAGUGCACCGCUGACCACAAAGGCGACGACGAAGAAGGAUGAUUUCGAAAAGGAUGAGUGGGCCUGGUGA